ACGCUGGAAGAAAAAAAAAAUCCAGCCACCAAACUGCACCAUGCGCCAACCCCGAGAGCGACUGGAAUAAUCACCGGGAAGCUGCUUGAACUCUUACUACAUUGAAUUACGACAACGCCCGCCUGUCCCGGAGCUCCCACCGUAUGUUUUCACUUCGUCUAGUAACUUUCAUGGAGAACCGUGGCCGCCGCUCCUCGCCUGUAAUGACGCCUCUUAACCACACAGAUGGACUAAGAAGUCAGGCAAAAACGGAGGUGUAAAUUGGACACAGGAACCCUAUUGUCUUGUGUCCCACUGAAGCUGCAUUUUCGAUGUGGGCGUUUACGGAAUACAGUGUUUUAAGUGAAGUUGAAUGAUGGCAUCACGUUGGACUAAAUCUUGUGACGAUGAUGACAGAUGUACAAGAUCUUCUUUCUGUGAGAAUGAUUGCCCAGAGUGGAGAGGUGUGGCAGAUUCUCCGACAAUGCAAAACCCCACAGAGGAGGAGGUAUUCUCAUGGCCGAGACCCAAAACUGUGCUUUUACGUCGCACCUCCCAGGGCUUCGGCUUCACGCUACGCCACUUCAUUGUGUACCCACCAGAGUCGACCAUGCACUGCUUCCCGGAGGAAGUUUAUGGCAGAGGGAGACCACUAAACAGGCUUGAUCCAAUGGACACCAUAUUUGUAAAGCAGGUCAAAGAAGGUAGUCCUGCUCAUGGAGCCGGGCUUUGCACAGGUGAUCGCAUAGUGAAGGUGAAUGGAGCAAGCAUCAUUGGAAAAGCCUAUUGUGAAGUUAUAUCCUUAAUUCAAGACAGUGGUGACUUUCUUGAACUUUGUGUGAUGCCAAAAGAUGAGGAUAUACUUCAGCUGGCCUACUCACAGGAUGCCUACCUCCGUGGCCAUAGCACCUACAGUGGAAAUGCACGUCACAUUCCUGAACCACCCCCAGUAUGUUAUCCCAGAAUAGACUGUAAGCCUUCGGGCAUGUCCCAGGUGACAGACCCGGCUGGGCCGGUCUGCCGAGGGCCAGCUGCACCUCUUGACCAUGGAUAUCGCAAGGAGAUCACCGUGCCACCGCCUCCUCCUCCUCAAUCUUUUCCAAAAAGCCAGAUGGCAGUUUGCAUACGUAGUGACGGUGUGAGAACUGUGGUGGUGCCUCCGGAUGCAGCCCAUGCAGGGCACAUGGGUCCAGCUCAUAGGAUGGAUUACAUGGACCCUGUCUUUGUCAGGGGAAGGCCUGGGUCAUUGGCUCAGUAUCCUCACCCUCGAAAGGCUGAUGUCUACCCCAAUGUUCCAGGAAUGAUCCCAUAUGGAGCUCAGAUGCCUCACUACCCAGGCAAUCAUCAAAAUAUUGACUGGCGCACUUACCAGACAUACAGGGAGUACAUUGACAACAAAGGAAUUCAUUCCCAUGGUAGUCGGACUAUCCAGGAGAGGCUUGACAGUUUGCGAGCUGCCGGUCAAAUGAAUGCUUCUCAUCACAUUCCCCGGGCAGACUGGGGUCCUAAGGGGAUAAGACGGAGAAGUACCUCCCAUGAACGGUCAUACCAGGGACCUCCACCCCACUUUCAGAUUGCCCCACGCAGUGCCUCGCAGGAUCGCAUGAGCGGUGCAGAGAGGAUAAGCAGGAACUGGCCCCCGAGAAGUGUAUCCCAAGAUGGCAUUGUACACAAAGCCCGGGCACACUCCACAGACUAUCUUGAACCUGCUGAGCUAGUUCGAGUCAGUGAGAGGAGAGGAGGAUAUGUACAGGCAGACCAAGGUACAAGGCCCAGCAGACAGUCUAUACCUAGGCAAGCCAUGCUUUUCAGGCCUAAUGUUGGAUACAGUGGUGGCAUGAGGGGAGCACCCAAUCCUUCUCUUUACUCUAAAGGACCAGACUCCCUUCAGACUCGCUCCUCACCCAUGCUUUCAGACAGACCUUUACAUUUUUCAAAAAGCACAAGUACUGAUCAUUCUUUUGCUGACCAAAGAGUUUCAGGCAAAGGAAACCAUUCAGGCCACACAACUCGCCAACGUCAGGGCAGGAUACAGGCGGACUCAUUGCAGCCCAUUGACGCAGGCAGAGAUGCCGCACUGGUGGGAAACAGGUCAUCUUCAUGCUCCACCCCAAAACAGGUGCCACAGAGACCUAGCAUCCUCAAACCACCACACCCAAACACCCAGAGUCAGGUCAAUGGGCGAAGCCCAACAGAGACAGGGGUGGUUCUGAGGGAGAAACCUUCUGCUGGAAAGAACCCCAGUCCUCUGCGUCACCCUUCCUACAUCCUGGCUGUAAAUGAUGACGGCACAGAUUCCACAGGAGAAGUGGUGGCAUGCUGGCUUCCUAAUGAUGCACGGCGAGAAAUGCACAUACGUCGCCUUGUGGAACAAUGUCACACCUCCUGUUCCAGCAACCUGGAUGAGUCCCUGGACUCCAUUCCAUUCAUUGAUGAGCCAGUCAGCCCCAGUGUCGACCGGGAGGCCACUCCUAUUCCACCCUCUGCUGUGAUAUCUGUUGCACCAUCCAUAAUUUCAGGCUCCUCCACCCCAGGCUCACCUUGUCCUACCAUCCGACGUCAGCUGUCACAUGACCAAGAGUCCCUGAGAAGUGCUUUGUUGGAAUCUGAAACAGCCAGCAAAACAGAGCGAUCUAAAUCCUAUGAUGAGGGUCUAGAUAACUACCAAGAGGAGGGAAGAGGGAGAUCCCCCAGUAAACACAUGCCGAGUUUUAAGGGCUUGAGAAAGGCCCUGGAUGGACAUAAAUCCUCGGGAGAUUCUGGUUCUCGAAGGGAUUCUUCUUUAGAUGUCUUUGCUGAUUCCUCCAAAGAAGGGCCGCUAAACUUUAGGCAGUUUAGCACCGAUAAAAAUAAGCGCGUCAGUGGCGGAAUGAAGUCAUGGAAGCAGAUGUAUGCUGUUCUACAAGGUCACACACUCACUCUCUACAAAGACAGGAAGGAUGCACUUUCUCAUUCUUCGGCACAAUCUGAGGAGGACCCUGUACGAAUCUGUAUCAAGGCCUGUCUGAUCGACAUCUCCUACAGCGAGACAAGACGAAAGAACGUGCUGCGACUCACCACCUCAGACUGCGAGUACUUGUUCCAGGCGGAAGGGAGGGAUGACAUGCUCACCUGGAUCAGAGUCAUACAGGAAAACAGUAACCCAGAUGAAGAGAAUGCAGCUGUUACAAGCCAGGAAUUGAUCAGUCGGAAGAUCAAAGAAUACAACAUGAUGAGUGCACCCAGCAGCAGGUCUGAACCUUCCCCCAAACCCUCCCGUCAUUCCCUCAGCAUCAAACAAGCCUUCAUGGGAGGUAAAGGGGACGGCAAGAUCUACAGCCCCCACUCACCUAAAACGGGAGAGGAGCGGAGGGGGCUGAAAGAUGAUUCCAGCCCACCGAGGGACAGAGCAGCUUGGAAAAUCGGCAUUCCAGGAAUCAUGAGGAAACCCUUUGAGAAAAAGACACCUGCCGGAGUUACCUUCGGGGUGCGGCUUGAUGACUGUCCACCUGCACUGUCCAACAGAUUUGUCCCUCUGAUAGUGGAGGUUUGCUGCAAUGUGGUGGAGGAGCGAGGUCUGGAGUACACGGGGAUCUACAGGGUUCCAGGGAACAACGCUGCCAUCUCAAGCAUGCAGGAGGAGCUCAACAGCAAAGGCAUGAAUGACAUCGACAUCCAGGAAGAUAAAUGGCGAGACCUUAACGUCAUCAGUAGUUUACUUAAGUCCUUUUUCAGAAAACUUCCAGAACCGCUGUUUACAAAUGAAAAGUAUGCCGAUUUUAUUGAAGCCAACAGAACAGAAGACUCUGUGGAGAGGUUAAAGGAGCUUAAGAGGCUUAUCCAUGAAUUACCUGAUCAUCACUAUGAAACUCUGAACUUCCUCUGUGCUCACCUCAAGAGGGUUUCUGAUAACUGUGAAAAAAACAAGAUGGAGCCUCGUAACCUGGCUAUAGUGUUUGGCCCAACAUUGGUCAGAACGUCAGAGGACAACAUGACCAACAUGGUCAAUCACAUGCCGGACCAGUGCAAAAUAGUUGAGAACCUUAUCCAGCAAUACGACUGGUUCUUCACUGACGACGGCGACGAGGACCCUGUUACCACAACUGAGAAGGAAAGCACAGUGCAGUCUCAGCCUGUGCCCAAUAUCGACCACCUGCUGUCCAACAUUGGACGGACCGCACCAUCACCGGGUGAAGUCUCAGAUUCAGCAUGUAGUGACUCCUCUAAAGGAAAGCAGGGCUUGUGGGGGUCAGGGAAGGAUCAGUGUAGCAAGGAGAUGCUGCGCUCCUCCUUCUUUGCGAGCCGUAAACGCAAGAAGCCCAAGGACAAAGUUAAUCCCAGCAGUUCAGAUGACGACCUGGAUGCUGCCUUCCCAAAGAAGGAGCUCCCAGUGGAAAAUCAGCAGCAGCCUCUGUGGUCCCCAGACAGCCGCACUGAGGAGGAGGAGGAGGAGACGACGGAUGAAACCAGUGAAAAAGAGAAGCUCAGAAACGGAUCAGAGGAACAGCUGGACAAAACUGACAGGAAAGAGUCUCUCUCCAGCAGCCUCAUGUCACAAACGUCUCCCUCCCUGCCUCCAGAACACAUUUCGUCCACCAUUCACACCGGCUCACCCUACACCUCACCCUCGCAUUCCCCCAACCUCAGUUACCGCAUGCCGAUGGCUCACCAGUCCUCUCUGUCAGACCCAGCCUCCAACUACGACGACACAGUGUCCGACCUUGGUACGAUGAACAGCACCAGCUCUCAGGCUUCGGUGCCGAGGGUGAGACGUGGCAAGAUGGUGGCUCUGGGCCCAGAAGCAUGUCCCAGUGGACUGGCAGCAGAAGUUUGCUCCAUCACCUCCGACUACUCCACCACCUCCUCCAUGACGUUCCUAACUGGAGCCGAGCUCAACACCCUCAGUCCUGAAGUGCAGUCUGUGGCUGAAAGCCGAGGUGGAGAUGAUGCAGAUGAUGAGAGAAGCGAGCUCAUCAGUGAGGGAAGGCCAAUGGAGACAGACAGCGAGAGCGACCUGUCUGUGUUUACUGUAGGGAAAAUUGAUCCGAGAGAACUGCAGGAAGCCCCGCGACCUCUCGCCUCCCACAGACUAAUCGAAUGUGAUACACUCUCCAGAAAGAAAGCCCAGCAGAAAACUGACAGCGAGUCGUCCCUCGAGGGGUCAAGAAGCGACAAAGAUUCCAACAGACUGUCUCACGUUAUGGGGUCGGUUAAAGGCCGUUCGACCAGUAGCCUGAGCUCCUCGUCUCGUAAUGAGCUGGAUAAGACUGAGCCCGCAUGGAAGCUGAAGAUCACCGACAGACUGAAGGUUCGCCUGCGAACGUCUGUAGAUGACAUGUUUGGUGUGGGCAGCCAGAGGAGCCGGUCCCCGGAGCGCCGCAGUAAGAAGAAGAACAUCAGACGCAGGCACACCAUGGGCGGUCAGAGGGACUUCGCAGAGCUGUCUGUGUUGGGAGACUGGCCACAGCAGAUUGGCAUUGGUUCGGGCUCUCGGUCGGAGUUGUCCGCUGUGGACAGGCUAAAGCCAAAGUGUAGCUCUCAAGACUUCUCCAUUGGCGACUGGAUCGCCCGAGAACGCCACCGCACCAGCAAUCCCGAGGUCAGCCUGGAUCUCUCUGAACAACAGGGGGCGCUGUGCAGCCCCAACGCCCAAAACCUCAGAUCCUCGUCCUCUUCUGAACUGCCACAUCGCUCAGCUGACGUGGCAAACGGGGAGGUGCCGCAGAGUAAAAAUCUGAGCCUUUCUGCCACCGCUCACCCACAUAAACUCACCAGUUCCCAGGUGGUUCAUUCACGAUUCUAUCAGUACCUGUGACGGGGCGUUAAAGUGUGACUGUGUAUGUUCUUAAUCGUGUACUUAAUUGGGAGUCAGUAUAAUGUCUGUGUGACCAAUGUCAGUGAAUGAGCAUGUUGUGUAAACAUUGUCUGUAAGUGGUAAGUGUGCUUGUGAAAAGAGAAUUACUGUACACAGGGAUUGUUGGCCUUGCUCAUAUAUAAGUUAUGGAACAAAAUAAUCUUUGUAACAUUUUAAUUUCUUGUUUUUUUUUUUUGUUUUGUUUUUUUUAAAUUAAAAAACGACAAAUGACUUUGGGGCGGGUAAGCAGGAGGACUCCCUCCCUCCUAAUAUACUUCCCUGUUAUGCUGAUGAUUGAAAGGACCUGUUACUCAUGAGGAAAAUGAGCCUGAGAAAUAUGUGCAAGGGUGCGUGAACACUCUCUAGUCAAGUGUUUUAAAGGUUUAGUAAGUGGCUUUAAGGAUGAUCUGACUUCUAGGACGAGUAGGCAGUAGUGAAAAAGUACAGAUUUUUAGAAUUGCAGAGCAAAUUAUUUUUGUGUAAAGAAAGUUAUGAUGUUAAAAGUCAGUGAAUCUCUCAGUAACCAAAUGAAGAAUGUAUAGAUAUGCUUGCUGUAAAACUGACUAAAAGCUUUAGAUGCUUGUGUUCACUCUGAAGUGUACAUAUCCCUAUUUUCUGUGUACUUGAAUUGUUUUUGGUACAGUCUGUGUGUAGACUGCUUACAAGCUCUCUGCUGACAAAACGGGGCCUUUUUAAAGGUACGGAGGUGACGAGGAGACACUGGAGUUAUGCAAAUGGUAAAGCAGGUGUCCUUCAUCCCAGCUGUGUGGUUUACAGAGCAGCGAACAACAUCCGCGUGAUGCAAAUGUUACGCUGCGUUUUAAAGUGUUUGUGGUUCACGUGUCUGUCAGUGACUGGCAGCAGGUUGCAAAGAGGAAGAAAAAGAGCACAGGAUUGUGAAAUAGGAAAAAAAGAAAUUCUGUUUUUUUUUUCACAUCAGGAAGUGCCUCACAAUGAAAUGUUAUGGGUGCCAUGAUGUCUUUGUCGAGAACACAAAGAUGUUACUGUUCAUGACGCGUUUAUUGUCGACUGUCAUUCUACAGGUUAUAUAACAAAUGCCGAGCUUCCAUUCCUUAGGCAUUCCACUCUGGUCUUAACAUGUUUUAUACUUUUUUUUUUUGUCCCCCCCCCUCUCUUCUUCCCAUUUUUAAUUUUUUUGAUUUUUAACAGAACUUGAAUUUUAAAUAUUCCUUGUAAAAAAAUAAGUAACUUAAAUGUACAUAUAAAUGCCAUGUUUUAGCUGCUUUACUUGACAUUUCCAUCAGAUUUGCAGGAUUGAGUACAGUAUUGCGAGAUGACGCUCAUGAGGCUUGUGUGUGGGUAAUGUGGGCAGUUACAGUAGGUACAAGAAGGAACAAGACGUCCCUGUCGGAGGAAACACUUCAUUGAGUUGGACCAUUUGUACCAAUGUUGUGUUUCUAACUGUGAGAGGUUGUGUCCUGAAACACUGGAAAUAAAUUUUGUCAAUGGCAAA